CUUCUGCUACAUUUGCUCAGCCUCUAAUAAAGAAAACAAAAGAAACAGUUUUGGCUUCUUGAAAGGAAUCAGAAAAAAGGAGUUUCAUCUUUUUUAGCUCCACAGUUCUUCCCAUUGUGUAAAUUUGUUUGUUUGUUUUUGUUUCAAACCGAUUUCUUUUCUAUAAACACCAUGGGAGGCUGUGCGAGCAAACCAAAGGAGUCUGAUAUCCUUGAAGCCUCUGCCACUACCGAAAAGGUUGUCGUCGAGUCCAAGAACGUUGAAUCCGAGGCUGUACCUCAGGAGAAGGCAGAUGAAGUUGUCGCAGAGAAGAAGGAAGAGUCUGCUGGAGAAGUAGCAGAGACACCAAAGGAAGCUGAGCCAGCCAAGCCUGCAGAGGCUGAACCAGCAAAGCCUGUCGAGGCUGAGCAAGCCAAGCCUGCUGAGGCUGAGCCAGCUCCAGAGGUGGUGAAGACCGAAGAAGCUGCCGUGGAAGCUGUUAAGGAGACUGAGCCAACAAAACAAGAGGAGGCUGCAGCAGCCAAUGACACCAAAACCAACGAAGAGCCUCUUGUAACCCUUUAAUUAAAAUUCAGUUUCAUUUCUCAAACCCCACUACCGUUGUAAAAUCAAAAAUCUGUAAUAUCCAUAUGUUUCUCACCACUGUUGUUGUAUUGUUAUUGUUACCACAUGUACGUAAUUAUGAAACAAUAGACUUGUGAUAUAUAUUUGUGUGACUUGCUACC